UCCACUAUAUAGAAAUUGGAAUCUUCUUCUUCUUCUUCUUUGUUCGUUCGUCUCUCUUUAUAUAAAAAAAAAAGGGGACCGUACACGUCUCUCUCUAUUUCCAGCAAAAUUCGAAUUCGUUUAAAUUUUCUCAGUCCCGUAAUUUUCUGGACUUCCUUCCUUUUUUUUUUUUUUUUUUUUCCCUUUCUCUUUGUUUCGUUCGUCGUCGUCGUAGAAAGAAGAAGAAGAUUCUCUCAGGUUUUUAGCUUUCGAAGCUUCGAAAUUUCGAGUUUUAACCUCUUUGAAUCAGAAUUGUUUCUUCCUGGAAGAUAUUUAGAUUAACCAGAAGAAGAAGAAGAAGCUGUUGUUCAAGGAUUGGUUUGAAUGGACAGCACGGAAAGAUAAAAGAGAUUUUCCGAUUGUGCUGAUCCAUCCAUAAAUCUGACUAGUUUUUUGUACUUGAUCGAAUCUGGGAGGGGUUGGUGGAUCUAGAAGAUAAACAAUGUUGGCAUCACAUCUCGAUUCACUAGCGUCUAAAUUGACUACAUCUGAUCACGCCUCUGUGGUUGCGUUGAAUCUCUUUGUUGCACUUCUUUGUGCUUGUAUUGUUCUUGGUCAUCUUUUAGAAGAGAACCGAUGGAUGAACGAAUCCAUCACCGCCUUAUUGAUUGGACUUGGCACUGGUGUUUCCAUUUUGUUGAUUAGUAAAGGAAAAAGCUCACAUCUGCUCGUCUUCAGUGAAGAUCUCUUCUUCAUAUAUCUUUUGCCACCCAUUAUAUUCAAUGCAGGGUUUCAAGUUAAAAAGAAGCAGUUUUUUCGCAAUUUCGUGACUAUUAUGCUUUUCGGUGCUGUUGGGACUAUUAUUUCUUGCACAAUCAUAUCUCUAGGUGUAACGCAGUUCUUUAAGAAGUUGGACAUUGGAACCUUUGACUUGGGUGAUAUUCUUGCUAUUGGUGCCAUAUUUGCCGCGACAGAUUCUGUGUGUACGCUGCAGGUUCUGAAUCAAGAUGAGACACCUUUGCUUUACAGUCUUGUAUUCGGAGAAGGUGUUGUGAAUGAUGCCACAUCGGUGGUGGUCUUCAACGCAAUUCAGAGCUUUGACCUCACCCAUCUUAACCAUGAAGCUGCUUUUCAUCUUUUUGGAAACUUCUUGUAUUUGUUUCUCCUGAGUACCUUGCUUGGUGCUGUAACCGGUCUGAUAAGUGCGUAUGUCAUUAAAAAGCUUUACUUUGGAAGGCACUCAACUGACCGAGAGGUUGCCCUCAUGAUGCUUAUGGCGUAUCUUUCUUAUAUGCUUGCUGAGCUUUUUGACUUGAGCGGUAUUCUCACUGUGUUUUUCUGUGGUAUUGUAAUGUCCCAUUACACAUGGCACAACGUAACCGAGAGCUCAAGAAUCACAACCAAGCAUACCUUUGCAACAUUGUCUUUUCUUGCGGAGACAUUUAUUUUCUUGUAUGUUGGAAUGGAUGCCUUGGACAUUGACAAGUGGAGAUCCGUGAGUGACACCCCGGGAACAUCAAUCGCAGUGAGCUCAAUCCUAAUGGGCCUUAUCAUGGUUGGAAGAGCAGCGUUCAUCUUUCCGUUAUCGUUUCUAUCUAACCUAGCCAAGAAGAACCAAAACGAGAAAAUCAACUUUAACAUGCAGAUUGUGAUUUGGUGGUCUGGUCUUAUGAGAGGUGCUGUAUCAAUGGCUCUUGCUUACAACAAGUUUACAAGGGCGGGACACACAGAGGUACGCGGGAAUGCAAUCAUGAUCACCAGUACUAUAACCGUCUGUCUUUUUAGCACAGUGGUGUUUGGUAUGCUGACGAAACCGCUCAUAAGCUACCUAUUGCCGCACCAGAGCGCCACAACGAGCAUGUUAUCUGAUGAAAACACCCCAAAAUCCAUCCAUAUCCCUUUGCUGGACCAAGACUCGUUCAUUGAGCCUUCAGGGAACCACAAUGUGCCUCGGCCUGACAGUAUACGUGGUUUCUUGACACGGCCCACUCGAACCGUGCAUUACUACUGGAGACAGUUCGAUGACUCCUUCAUGCGACCCGUCUUUGGAGGUCGUGGCUUUGUCCCUUUCGUCCCUGGUUCUCCAACUGAGAGAGACCCUCCUGAUCUCAGUAAGGCAUGAGGCAAAAAUGUGUAAGAAAAAGCUUUAUUAUUAUUUUUUUGGUAGAAAAGGGUGAUUAAAAUUAUGCUUUUGUGUAAUUAUCCAUUUGUAAUAUUGUUUGUGAGGACAGAAAUUUGUCCUACGUUUUGAAAGCAGAAAGCAAAACUUUGGGAAGGUCUGAGUGAUGUAUGUAUAUUCAUAUUUGUUUUGUUGUAACAAAACCAUACAUUUGUUUAUGUUUUGAAUUUUGGUUAUUGCUUCGAACUUGACCGGA